AUGUAUCUGCGCUGCAGGAAGCCCAACUGUACAGAGAAAAUUGAUUCAAUGCGGGAAAGAUCAGACGCAGUGGUGGACACCAGCUUCAAGAUCACCACCAAGGAUUUAAAGGAGAAGGAAGUUGUGGACGAGGCAGAGAAUGGAAGAGAUGCCCCUGCUAAUGGGAACGUUAAUGGGGAGCAGGAGGCUGACAAGGAAGUAGAUGAAGAAGAGGAAGAAGGCAGGGAGAAAGAGGAAGAGGAAAGUGAUGGUGAAGAAGAAGAUAGAGAUGAAGAUCAGGAAGCUGAGGCCACCAUGGGCAAACAGGGAGCUGAAGAUGAUGAGGAUGAUGAUUUUGAUACCAAGAAGCAGAAGACUGAGGAGGAUGAUUAG